AUGUCCUCCGCCGUGGCCUUUUUGUGGAGUCCGUCUAUGGACCAACCCCAGCACAACCAGGAGCACAACCAGGAUUCCUUUCAACCAGAUCAGCAGCAGGUCCGCCUUUCUCCAUCCCACAGAUCUCCCCACACCAGCGACGGUCCGUUCACGUGGCCGUUACCUCCCGCGCUAGAUUUACCGGCCACUGACGAGUUUCUCCCCGACGAGCCUUCACCCUGUUGGACUUGGGCCCAGCAGCAGCCUUCGGCGCCGGCAAUCCUCGCCGCAGUUCCCGCCACAUCGACCGCCGCCACGCAUACCGGCCCAGCGCCAGCCAUGGCGACAGCAGUGGCGACACAAGCGGCGUGGGAGACCACUCCCGCCGCCAACUGCGGCGCAGCUAGCGGGUUCCGACCUACCGCAGACGGUGCCGUGCCCACCGCCUCCGCUUCCCACUUCUCCUCUUCCGGAGUAAGCUUCCCCGCGAUUCCCGCUUCCCCCUUGUCCGCAACCGCUUCUCCCGCCACCGCUGCCCUUGCGCCACCCGCUUCCGCCGCCUCCGCCGCCCCCGCGCCGUCCCCGCCUUCCCUCCCCGUGGCGCAACUGGAAGAGCUGCUUCUCGACGACUGCGGAGUCCUCGAGAUCUCCAUCCCCCAGCGCCGCUUCCCCUCAUCCUUCCCCCCAUCCUUCCUCUCAUCCGCGGCCACGGGGAGCCUCGCGUCGACCCUCCCCACCGCGGGGACCCUCCCCACCGCGGGAACCCCCUUUGCCGGAACUCCCGCGGAUCUGCGCGAGCAGGGGUUGAAUAUUUUCGCCAGCCUCCUUCCGCUUCUUUACACUCCGCGCUGCGCCGCCACCGCCGCCAUCGCCGCUUCUCCCGCCGGGGAGAAGCUCAAGCGCGCGCUCGCGUCGUCGCCAGCAGCUGCCGGCGUGUUCGAGGCGUUCGCCAGCCGGCCGCUGCCGUCCCCCGCGCCGCUCGCGUCGCCGAUGCUUUUUGAGCAGUUUCAGCAGCAGAUGCAGCAAUGGGCCGCGCCGCAGGUGGAGCAACAGGAGCAGUCCGAGCCGCAGGUGUCGGAGUCGAUCGCCGCGCCGCAGACGGACGAGGACAUGGACGAGGCGCUUCCGGAAAUCGAGAGCCCCAACAGCGUCGACGUGACCUCGCCGCAACGUGACUUUGACGAGCCGCCGAGUUCCGCCGCCGCCGCCGCCGCCGCUACCGGCCCUGUCGCCGUUGUCGCCGUUCCGGCCUCCGUCUCUAUUCCUCUCGACGCUCCCACCGCUACAAUCGCCGCGAAACAUGAACCAGUACCCACAGAGGAGGCGGGAACAGCGGCGGUUUCUCCGGCGGCGCCUGUCGCCGAGCCGCUUGAUGACGGUUACUUCUGGCGCAAGUACGGGCAGAAAGCGGCGAAAGGCGCGGCGUAUCCGCGCGCGUAUUUCCGCUGCGCCGUUCCCCGCUGCCCGGCUAAGAAGACGGUUGAACGUUCGUCCGAAGACGGCAGCACGAUGGAAAUCGUUUACCGCGAGGAGCACAACCAUCCACGUGGUACUCUCCCCGGCCGCCGCGCUUCCCCCGCGUCGCAGGGCGCUGCGGGAGGGGCGCGAGUUUUGGUGACGGAGGAGAUGGGCGGGUUUAGCAGCGGCGGUGGCGGAAUCCCGCGUUCCCCGGUCAAGCCGCACCAGGCGCAACCGCAGCCGCAGCCGCAGUCCCAGGCUCCUUCCGCCGCUUCCCCCGCCUUUCCCGCAUCCGCGGAUCCCGCCGCCGCAUCCGCCGCAGCGGGGCUCGCGCUGCUGGAGAGUCUGAGCACGGAGGACCUCGCGCGCCUCGUCUCCGCGCUUUCUUCCGACGCAAUGGCCGCCGCCACCGCCGUGCUCGAAGCGGCGGUCGCCGCCGGCGUGAUGGACAGCAGCCUGGGUGUCGCCGCCGCCGCCGCCACCGCCGCCGCAGCUGGGGAAGCCGCCAACGCGCGUCCCGCGUCACCGGCGGUGUAUUCUCCCGCCGAUCUCGCGGCCGCUGCUGUGAACGCUACCGCUGUUGUUACCGCCGCUACUGCCGCUGCUGAGGUGGCUCGCGGGCAUAUGAUCCGAUCCGCGUCAGACAAGGGAGCUCCGGAAGCAGCGGCAGGUUUGGCAGCAGGCUCGGCAGACGCUGGCGCGGUUCUUUUCCGGUCCGUAUCGGCUCCUAAGGAGGAGUGCGAUGAUCAGUCUUCCUCCGGGAAUACCGGCGGGAUUGCGGGAAUUUCCAGCGGUGCUCUUGCUGCUGUAGCUGCUCUCACGCGCGGGUCGGCCUUAGCCGUCGAACCGUCAAGUUGCAGCACGGGAAGCGCCGGUAGCACGGGUAGCCGUCAAAAGCGCCGGUCGAUGGACGAAUUUGACACCACGUUCAGCCCAUCUUCCCCGAGCCUGCACUCUGUGACUCCAACGAAAGCCAAGGUGAUCUACAAGCCCGUCCUGGACGCUUCUCAGGAGCCUUCCCCGGAGGAGAAACCCUCUGCUGACGUGGCAAACCCUGGUGUUGCUGGUGCUGAUAGCACAGUGGUGGGAAUGGGUGUAGCUCAAACGGAUUUGACUGAGGCUGAAGCAGGGGGAAAUGCUGACGCGAAUGGGGAUGCCACGUGGGUUGCUGGUGGUUUUGGUGCUGCUGCAGGCAUGCAGAUGGCGAUGCCGCAUCUCAGGGAUCUGAAGAUCGAAGAUUUUGGUGACCUGCCCACUCUGUGGUGA